GCUCAGCUAGCGGAAGACUGAAGACCAAUGGAGCUGGCAACAAAUACUGCGUCUCAAUCUGCCGCUGCGUCAACCUCAUCACCGGAACCUGCAUUUACGGCUGGGCUGCUGCUGGCGUCUGCGCCGUCGGCACUGAUGGUACCAUAUUCAACGCCACUUUGCAGAUCGUCGGCACUACCAGCGACGCCACUCAGCUGUCCAAUGGUACCUGGGUUCUUUCAUCGCUGGCAGAACGCGGUAUAGAUAUCAUGUCCACCUCGACCGAAACCGCAUCAGCACUUGCUGUCCGAGAUUCUAACAUCGCAGAGAUGCACCACAACUACGCACUCGUGUGCCUCGAUCGCGCGCGCACCACCGAAUGCUUGAGAGUUCCAUACUCCUGCAACGCAAAUGGCGUACUCAUCUAUGAGCGCCACAACUCCUUCUGCAGCGCAUACUGCAAGUGCAACCGUGUGUCUCAGUACCAGGCCCCUUGUUAUCUCGGCGGCCACCACAACGUCAUCGGAUGUUCCAUCAAGGACGAUAUCGCGACGCUUGACAAUGGAACGGUCAUCGGCAACGUCUCUGAUGCCAUUACCCUGGCAAAUGGUACCUUGGACUUCACCCAAGCUCUUGCUCGACGUGACGACGAAGUUGCACAUGACUACGCCCUUGUCUGCAUGGACAGAGAGUUCACAACCUUGUGCCAGAAGGCCGGUUACUCCUGCACUUCGGCUGGCAAGGUGACGUACAAGACCUACGACAUUUUCUGUGGUGACAGUUGUGAAUGCAUCAAAGUCCCCACUGGUGCCAAAAGCUGCAUCAUCACCAACUUCAACUCGUCGCCAGCCCUUGUCUGUGACAACAAAGAUGUCGAUAUCACUAACAAGACCAUGACGAUCGCGGACGGCUCUUGAGUUCCUCCUUGGCAUUGACUUCGCGUGAUGCAAUUCAACUGGUGCAGUCUUUUCAGAAGAUUCUGUGGAUAGUGUUUCACAUUCGGAUUUGGACACAGAUGUUGUCCUCCAAGUGCUGGCACAUACGUGCU